UCAAAACAGUGUCGUCUCCCGGUCGUGUCCGGGUUCUCCGUCUCACUCCGUGCAUAUUUGGAAGCUAGGAACCUGCAGACAUGUUUAAUUUCAGAAUUCGACGGGUGUUUUCCAUUGAGACAACCAAUUAAGUCUGUCAACACCGUCGAGAGGACGUUUAUUCCCGACUCUCCUUCGUCAGCAGCGAAGGCGCGAUGAUGGUGGAGCAGUCGGACCGAGCUCCGCUGCUCGACUGGGAAGAGGAGGUCGGGCGGGCCGAACCGACCCCCGCCGUGCCUGCUCCUCACAGCGGCGGAUUCCUGACCACAGAGCCGUCGGACCGCUGUGCUCCGAGCAAAAAUGGCGCAAAUAACGGCUGGAGCGCGAGCCCGAGAGGUGGAGGUAGUGUAACAGCUGUUAAAGGCAGGGGAAGGAGCACGCGCUCUGGGCCCGAGGGGGAUGCUUAUGCUUCAGGCACGGAUGAGGAAGGAGACUGCGCCUUCCCCGGACCCUCCAUCAAAACCCGCGCAGUCCCGGGGUGGGAAGAGAAAGAUCAAAUUGUUUCUGUGUUCGUGGUGACCUUUGACACGAGAUCAGGAAACAUUGUGGAGUGGUGCUUACCUCAAGACAUAAACCUGGAAGGUGUGGAGUUCAAGUCAAUGGCCAGCGGCUCUCAUCGAAUUGCAAAUGAUUUCAUAUAUUUUCGUAAAGGCUCUUUCUUUGGACUGGCAUGCUUCGCCAAUAUGCCGGUGGAGAGUGAGCUAGAGAGGGGGGCUCGAAUGAAGUCUGUUGGUAUCCUGUCACCGUCAUACACACUGCUCUACCGCUACAUGCACUUUCUAGAGAACCAGGUCAAGCACCAGCUGCAGUGUCCAGGCCAGUACUCGCCAUUGGAGGCAUUUUAUGAGGAUAAGAAGGCUGUGCUUCCCCCGGGAGGGAACGGUCUGGUCACAGUCUGCCCCACCAGCACCGUGGUGAACCGCUGCAUGCAUCCAGAGAUGAAGAUUACACAUCCUGCUGGCUGCAUGUCUCAAUUCAUCCGUUUCUUUGGAGAGCAGAUCAUGGUGUUGUGGAAGUUUGCCUUGUUAAGGAAGCGCAUCCUCAUCUUUUCUCCUCCACCUGUCGGCGUGGUCUGUUACCGGGUAUACUGCUGUUGCUGCCUUGCUAAUGUGUCCAUACCUGGGAUUGGUGGCUCUGUACCAGAGUUCCGCCCCUUCUUCUAUAUCAAUGUUGCCGACAUCACAGCUCUGGAGACGGAGUUGUCCUACGUGGCUUGCACUACAGAGAAGAUUUUUGAGGAAAAGAAGGAGCUGUAUGAUGUCUACAUUGACAACCAGAAUGUGAAGACACACCGAGAAAGCCUGCAGCCUCUGUUGCGAAUUAACAAUGCAGACAAGGAGAAGUAUCGCAAACUCAGUGAACAGAGGCAGUUGUUGCUGUAUUCCCAGGAAGUUGAUGGUGACUGCACCUCUAGUGAGGAAGACCUCUUCAUUCUGUUCUUUAUGGAGCAGAACAACCGCAUCUUUCAAACCCUCCUGGAGGUCGCAGGGAGCUCUGAUCCCACCCUGACUCCCGAGCACGUGCGCGCUAUGGGCUUGGACCCACAGGCUGACCGCGGCUUCCUUGUGGAUCUGCUGGAGGUCUAUGGCAUCGAUGUCAUGCUGGUUAUCGACAAUCCGUGCUGCCCGAGCCAGUACUGACCCCUGGCCUCACCGCUGGAGCGAAAUGAUACUGCCUCUUCAGGCUUUGAUACACUGCUGCCUUCACGCCCUCGACGUCUGUCUGCUUAUGUGUGUGUCUGUGUGUGUGUGUGUGUGUGUGUGUGUGUGUGUGUGUGUGUGUGUGUGUGUGUUUGUGUGUGUUUUUUCCUCAGUAUCUUGACAGCUACCUGUGGGUUCCUUUCCCAACUGCACCUACAUCCUGAAAAGUGACAAAACUGAUCUCUGUGCCUCUUUAUUACUGCUUGUUUUGUGGACCUCAAUUGUGACUCUUUUCUUCUAGCCAGUGCUGUUUGGGAGACCUGAUGUAAUGGCCCUGUCUGGGUCUCCAGUGUGCUUCAUCUGAGCCCCACAGACUUAAAGUAAAGCAAUGGAAACGCUUUCAUCCUUGUGUCUGACUGGUUUUCUGUCUGGUGAAGGAAAAUGACUGAAAGGCAAUGACUCACUACAUUGUUAUAUAUUAACGGUUUUUGCAGAUAAGCAACUGUAAAGCAACUGACUGGAAUUAUUUUACUGGACCACGUUUCCAUAAUCUCCUGCAGUAUUUAUUAAGCUUACUCCAUUUUCUAAAAACUAAAUGGAAAUCAGUUUGACCAUCUUGGCGUCUCUUUCUCUCUCUCUCUCUCUCUCUCUCUCUCUCUCUCUCUCUCUCCCUCUCUCUCUCUCUGUGUGUGUGUGUGUGUGUGUGUGUGUGUGUGUGUGUGUGCGCUGAUGCUUUUUGGAUUUCGUCAGCCUUUAUGCCUGUACCUAUUGACUGGAUCAGUGUUGAUGACGAAAGCGUGCUAAUAAAUCCUUUAAGAUUCAUCAGUUCAAUAUAAAUAGUCUCCAGGGUGAUGACGGGUCUAGAAUGUAAAUUCAUGAUGAAAGACAAGCGUCUCAACUGCUGUAUGUUCACCUUCAAUCAUGCUCAUGGUCCAUGUUAGAUUUGCUGCAGAUUCUGUUCAUUCUAAAUGACUGUAUUUUCUAGAGCAGGGCUGGACAACCUGCAGCCUCAGAUGGCGUUUGGUUUUGUGUGCUAGAUUCAGAUCAGUUUUAGCCAAGUAAAUGAAUGGGAUUUACAUGUUGUGUUUCGGUCCUUGGCUUAAACGUCGCAUUAUAUUUUGACACACCAGGUGUCCCUGCUCUAGAGGUAAAAGACCAGUCACUUAUUUGGAUAUGGAUACAGUAGGUGCAAAUGCUAAUGACACAGACAGGGGUAUAUAUUUGUGCUGAAUUAAACACAUUCCUUACUUUUGGUAUUGAUUGCAAGUUUUAUAUUUUUGCUGCACCAUAUGAAGCACAGUUGGUAUACACUGACACAGUUUAAUCUGUUUUUUUGGUGACUUUUCCUUUUUCCAUCAGUGAAUGCUGUAUUGUUCAAUGACUUUUGUAGACCUUGUUUGAUGUGUACGCUUGGAGUAUUUGCAAUUCUCAAUGAUUUGACUCAAUUACUUUUUAACAGAACUAGAUCACACGGUCAUACUGGCGAAGUCAGCUGCUGCUCCCUAAAAUAACUUAUUCAUACAGCACCAGUUUAUAGAUUACAUUUAGAUCGUGCUACCUUAAUUGUAACCCAUGACUUGGACAUAGAAGAUAAGCUUGCCCUUAAUUCACUAACAAACCGUUUUGUUGUGUUGUUCCGGGCCUGUGUAACUUUGCAAGCAACAAACACUACUGUCUUUCACCCGGCGGUCCAGAUUUUUAUUCAAUCUGCAUACCAAACUCUUAUUUGAAAGGACGACGGCAAAUAGCAAUCAUGUCUCCUUAGAGUGAAUGAGUGCAGGCGCUCGUUGUUUGACUGGGAUACAAAUAAGCUUUUUAUUAUUAAUGGUAAAAAUGUAUUUAGUUUAAAUUAACAAUAUAUAAUCUGUUAUACAUGUCUAUUGAGGUUGUAUGGCAGAAUUGCUGAUGUGAAUUUUUAUGAUCUCUCAUGUACUACGUAUUCUUUUCCUCUUAAUUCAUAUUUUAUAAACAGCAUUAACUUGGCUCGUUCUGUGUCCUCUGAUCUUGAUGAGAAAAUGUACAGUAAUGAUUGUGUUUGAAGCAACCGUGGAAUGAUUAAAUAAAUAGGUGUUGACUAAGCAUUAAAA